GUCCAUGUUUUCUCCUCAAGAGACAGCCUCAAAAUAAAAAUUGAUUCCUCCCUUACCGGCUCUCCCUCAUGACCCUGCUGCGCUCUCAAAACCUUGUGUUCUCUGUCCAAGCUACACCCUCCUCCUCCUCGCCGUCACGAGAAAUGCCAUAUUAUUCGGGGCACCCAGUCUCAGCCAUGGCUGAAGGCCUUGGAUAUGCCGCCAUAGCUGGACUGCAGAAACAGAUCAUUGCCUUCAACGAUUGCAUUAUAAGUUGUGAGCCCGGUGGUACGUACCAGGCUAUUGUUGUGCGGUCACAGGCUGGCCGUCGCGAGGAGUUCAUGUCCUCGGACAGCGCCGAGACGGUCAUCGGUGCCCUUGAGGAGCUUCUGCUUGUGUCUGCCAAGCGCGUGCACCAGUACAUCAAAUCCGGAGGCCUUGGCGGGCGCAGCCGUGCCGCCCACGAGGUUGAAGAAGAAGAUGAAGAUGCCUCGUCGACUGCAACAUCUUCUUAUCUUGGUGAGAUUGACAAAUCUCCCCUUGCGGACUCGAGGCUCACUCUCGAAACGGAGCUCGAGUCGACCUACGAGUCUACCAGCGAGCUUGAUGAUGAUGGCAGUGAUGGUGACAAUGACAAUAUGCGCCAUGGUAAAGAUCAGCGUACCACUCGUUCUCGACGUCACACGGAGCAUUCGGGCAGGCGAGCAAGGCCACUCUCGCCGCGUAGAAAAGACGCGGUACUAGAGGACGAGCCGGCCUUCUCCUAUGGUCGUCAGGAGCAGCAGCAGCAGCAGCAGCAGCAGCAGAACCCUCACCAUCCUGCUGUCCAGCACGCUUCUGCCCACCAGCGUGGCUCACGCCCGCCUGGGAUGGCGCAUAAUGCUAUGGGCUAUGUACCUGGCCUAUCCUAUGAUCAUCCUGCUCACCAAGGCGGCCGAGUUAUGGAAGGAGCUGUACACCAUUAUGGGCCGCCGUUGGCUGGUGGUCGUUUUGCUCCACCACACGUGAUGCCUCCUCCUCCUCCUCCACCACCACCACCACCUCCUCCUGCUGCUGCCCCUCAGAGAGGCCCCUCCCUUUGGCUAGCGAACGGCAACAUCGAUAACAAUAUGGGCGCUGCUACUGUCAGGACUCACGGUCCACCAGCAGGCUAUUACCACCAAUAUCAGCGGCAGCAGCAGCAGCAGCAGCAGCAGCAACAACAGAGACCUCCUCCUAUGCAUGUCAUGCAACAGGAAAGCAGCAAUACUCAUGGCCUCGGCCGCACCACCGCGCCGCCUGGCUUCCCCUUCUCCGUGCCUAUGCCAAUGCCUAUGCCCAUGUCCAUGCCGAGUGCUACGAGGCUCCCCUCCUCGAAGCCACCAUUCCCACAGUCCACCUCCUCCACGGCCUGCGGCGGCUCCAGGGCGUCUGUGUUGACAGGAUCACCAGCCGUCUACAGGGACUCUGUGAAGCAGCAGCAGCAAGAAUCUCCUGUUGUCAAAGCGGCCGUUGACGCCCGUAUUAUGCCAGACUCACAUCCCGUGGUGACUCCUCCCCACCACAACCAGCAGCAGCAUCCGGCCGCCCGAUCUCCCUCGGUCGUCUCGCAGGCUUCAUCUUACUUCUCUUCCUCGUCCAUCGCGACAGUGACCCUUGGGUCCGACACCGCAACCGAAGCCUCCUCUUCCCGUCCCCCCUCUCCGUCCUCGCCCGUGAUGAUGAAGAGCCCCAAGAAGCUGUUUGACUACCGGCUGCUCGUCAGGAUCGUCCACGAUGGCAACAAGCCCCUGGCGGAACCCCCAGAGCAGGACAAGAACCUCAUCGCCACGCAGCGCACCAUCAACUUUGGAGCGCUCACGCGCCAGCGGAUGCGCUCCGACGUGCUCUUGUACCUGAUUCGCAACCGGAGCUUGUUUACUGGGACAGGGCUGAACAUCCAAACGUCUGGCCCUGGGCGGAACAAGCAUAUCCGGGUGGUAGUUGUGCGGGCAUGGUUCGGUGCGGCAACGAGUGGUGCUGCUGGUGCUGGUGCCGGUGCUGGCAGCAGCGCGUCGAACCUGACGGGGGACAGUCAUGAUCUUACCAUGUAUCAGGCGAAUGACUUUACUCGGCUUUGCGAGAGCAUGGGCAUCUUCUCUAGUGGGAAGGCAGGGGAGGGUGGGGGUUCCUUUUUGCCUAUGUUUGAAGUGGUUAUUUCGAGAGUAUCUGCGAGGUUGAAGGACGGCGGUGACGGUGCUUAGGAAGGAAGAGGAGGAAAGGAAGGGUUGGGGUUGGGCGUAGCGAUGACGAAGUCGGUGGUCAUGACCUUAUGAUGAGAGCAUAUCUCUUUUUCUCCUUCUUCUCAAAAUGUCUUGUUUCUCCUUGGUGGUCGAUAGGUAUGCAUUUGGUUUGAGGGUUUUCAGUCUGACUAUGAGUCAAGUCCUGUGAUGGUUCGUGACAAGAUAAUGGUGGGGUUCUGCGUAUACUCGCAUUUAUUGCGUAGCUCUUUCUCUUUCUCUUUCUUCUUUUCAUAAAGCUGAUCGCACCUGCAGUUUCUGCUUCUAAUUGAACAUCUGGCUCCAAUUCAUCUAAUUACAUGAUG